GGCUCGUGUAGUAAUUGCGUGCACGCGCAUGUCGUUACCAUGACAGCAUAGUUAGUAAACUCCCAUGUUGCCAUCGGUUAUUAUCAGCAGAAGAAACACUGAAUCCGCAGUGCAGGAGAAUGUUCAGAACUCGCGCAUCUGUGACGCGUCGCGUCGGGGACGAGCGUUUCUAGGAGAAGCAGAAGCUCCAGCGGAUCUGGGAUCCGUCAGGACACGCGUGGAUUUAUCCUGAAGAUCCAUGGGAACCUUCGGCUCUGCUGUGGUGUGCCUGGAAGAGGAUGAGGAGGAGGAAGAGGAGAAGAGGAGAGAAGUUGAGCGUCUUCCUCCACUGCUCGAGGACGAGGAGAAUGUUUCUCUGGCUGAUAUCUUGUGUCUGAGGGACAGCGGGCUGUCGGAGCAGGAGCUGUGGGCGGUGUGUGUGGAGUGUGUGUGUUCUCUACAGAGCAUCUCUCUCUCUCCGCUCUUCCACACACUCUGCGUAACGCCCGACACACUGGCCUUCAACGCUCACGGAAACGUGUGUUUCAUGGAUCAGCUCAGCGAUGAUCCUGACGGCUGUUUCGUUCCUCCAGAGUUGGACAGGACUGGACACACGUUUGAGGGUCACAUGUUCUCGUUAGGCUCCACCCUCUGGGCAGCGCUGGAUCGCGUCACGGAUCCGGAUCAGGAUCUGAGUGAAGAGAGCAGGUGUUUGCUGGAGCAGAUGCAGCGAGAGGAACCCGAGGAUCGACCCUCACUCCAGGAUCUUCUCUCUCAGGCCGAGGCUUUCCUCGCCGACGUCUCGUCCACAACCGUCUGUCGGAAACUGUCCGCUGUUGGACGAAGACUUCUGUCCAUAGAGUCCGUCGCCACUUUCCCAGACGCUUCCAGUUUCCGUUUUCUUGAUUGCAAAGCUUUAAUCUCAAACUCCACGGAGAAUCACUGCAGCGCUCGUCCCAUGAUGAGAAACCCCUCGGGCGACUCCUGUGACGGGGAAGAGCUCCUGAUGAAGCGGAGAGGUCUGGUGUGUCACGGGUCUCGCUGGUCUGGAGCUUCGGCUGGACUCAGGGAAGACGAGCCCUCGGCGGACAGCAGGUCCCAGAACAGUUCUCCGGUGCGCAGGAGGAGAGCCCUGAACCGGUCCUGCUCCGUGCCGGACUCCAACAACCCUCGGGUGUUCAGUCCUCCCUCACACACUCCCAUCAGCAUGCUGGUGUCCGACCUGUCCGAGAUCAGCGAGGACGAGAGCUGGAGCGGGAGACUGCGGGCUAAACACACCCGGACCGAACCGUGUGUCCCGUCUGUGGAUGUCCGACCGGACGCUCGUGAGACGGAUCACAGAGACGCUGAAGCUGACGGAGACCUGUGCUGCUCAAACCACGACUACAAAACCAUCCUGUCCCUCAAUGAGGGAUAUCAGAACCAGUGGAUGUCCCUGCGGGAUCUCCUGUCUCGCUCCGCGCCGCUCUCAGUGAACGAGCUCUGGGCUUUAUGCCACACGUGUCUCUCCACACUGCAGACGUACAUCGACCUCCCGGACUAUCUGUGUCUGGACUCAGUGUUUGUGGGCUGUGAAGGAGAGAUGCUGUUUCUGAGACCCAAGAACUCAGUCUCCUGUGACGCGUUUUUCCUGGCUCCUGAAUUUCAAGAACAUGGAAUUGUGACGGAAAAGGCGUGUGUGUAUGGGGUGGCAGCCGUCCUCUGGGCUUCGGCCAAGUUUGAUUUGUCUCCCGAUCAGAAGUUGGCCAUGCCGAGGAAACUCAAGAGACUCCUGCUGGAGAUGGCCAAGAGGACGCCGAUCGAAAGGCCGUCCAUUGAAACGGCCAAAAAGUGUUGCCGUGACUACCUCUGCCGGCAGGGAAGCGACGCAGAGAGUGUGUGGACGCAGCUCAUCAGUCGAGUUCAUCAGGCAUUGGAUGGGAAUAGAGUUACGGAGGAACCGUGUUCUCCUGAGAGUGCUGAAAACACACCUGACCCACUCGUGGGACAAGUUCACACAGGUUUUGUCCCGUUGGCCCUCGAGGGCCGGUUGGCCCCUGUAACUGGUCCUGUUCCUCAUAAUUACCCAGUGUCCUCCACCAGCAUCCGUUUGCCCGAGGCCUUCACCUCUCCUGAUACACACUUCAGCCCGAUAGUCCUGAUCCCACAGUCUGAGCUGAUUGUCUCUUUCGAUGACAUCACAGAUGAAACUCUCCCGCUAGAGCCAGAAGAUCCGUCCGAGAGCGACGCCGAGGAUGAUGGGAUUGAGGGAGUUUUCUCGACGGCGGAUCAUGUAGCCGGUUAUUCAUCAUCAUCCAGCUGUAAGACUCUCGUGAGCUCACCGCCGCCAGCGAUUACCCAAACAACCAAUAAAGAAACGGACAAACAGCCGAACUACCCCACCCUACCAUGUGACAAUGGGAUUUAUAACAACUUCCUGUUACAGCAAGACCCACACACAGGAAAUCUGACCCUGCUUCCUGUUCAGAUCGCCGUGCUUCAGCCAAUCACAGGCGUGCAUCACUUCAGCACAGAUCCACUGAACAUCCAACUACCGAAACCUUCUGUAGAGCCAGACGCCCCUCUCAGGAAUGACAGAGUCAGUGUUUGCCAUAGAGAUGAUGAUAACUCUGUGAACAUCUCUGCUCCUCGCUGUGUGAAUCACACACUGCCUCUCUCCAGCUCGUGUUGGAGAUGCACGUGUGUGAAGUGUGUGUGUGACCUGAUCAGAGGAGAGUUCACGUUUGACGGAUGUCUGGAGAACGGACUCGGAGAUCUGCCAAUGGGUCUAGGAGAAUACAUCUUUUCCUUGAAAACCCUCCGGUUUGACACUUUUUGCCGAGCAGUAAGGGAGAAGUUCAGCGGCGUGUUGUGGGAGCAGAAGCUGCUGUGUGACCUUCACCAUCUGAUCAACCUAGUCUCUGAUGAUCAACCCUCCUCUAAUGCAGUGAAUAGGGCACCAGUGUCUCUCCAGAGCGCCAGACGUUAUUUUCCCAGUGAUCUUGACCACAGUGCAGAGCUCGGCUCGUCCCAGCCUUCACAUCGAGCCGCGUUAGAGGAAAACCAGCAGAACCAGAUCAAGAGACAACUCAAAUACAAACUUGAUGAAUUAAAAUGCAGAGAAACAGACAGACGUGAGUCAGAGGAGACGGACACCAGAGGAAACACACAGGAAGUGACAUCACAUGAAGUGACAUCACAGGAUGACAGUAAAGAGGUGAGUGAGUGUGUGUUGUCUGAGCUGAUGGAGGCUGCAGGCGCUGGCGAGUGUGUGUGUGUAUCUAAAGCGCUGGAAGAGACUGGGAUCACUCCUGACGGCUCUGAGAUGGACGAGUGUGAGUGUCAGAUCUCCUCUUCCUCCUCCGGCUGGGUUCUGGCUGUGUUCGGGCACGCCUGCUUCGGGCCGGAUGUGCUGAAGUACGCUCAGAAGCUCAGCCGUCACACUCCGUCUCCCACCACACAGGACCGAUCACAGGAGCUUCACCAACAGCUGAUCAUCGAGAGCAGGAAUCUGAAAAAGACCAGAACUUUCUACCACAAGCUGAUCCAGCAGGAGAGAAAACACAGCGGUUCAGACACAAAGGUGAUGCUGUCUAAAGUCAAGCAGCAGUUUGACGAGCUCAGAGACAAAGUGGAGUUUCUACACACUGUCAAGAAAUAUCUCCAGCUGUUGAGCGUGGAUCAGUGCGGUUUGCCGCUCUCUCUGCUGCCCUCUCUGGCCGCGAGUGGAACUGCACCUCUACAUCUGCAGGACUCCGAGGAUCCAGCGCUGAUGCUGUUCGUGUGUGAGCGGCUCAGGGCGAACGACUGCCCGCUAGUGACCGCAACGCCACGAGGGCUGAUGGCGUACCUGUACGCCAGGAACGCUCACUCUGAGGGAUUUAUUCAUCAGUUUUUCUACACGUAUCGCUACUUUUGCACCCCUGAGGAGCUUCUGCAGUUUCUGAUGGACAGAUUUAACAGCACACAGGGAGCGAAUGAAGAUCCCUCGUCAGACGCUGCAAAAGUGUGUCAGCGAACGCUGGAUUUAUUACACUUCUGGAUCGGACAGAGUUUGGACUUCAGCUCCGGCUCGGAUCUUCUGCACACACUGAACACUUUCCUGAACUCGGAGGUGGCACCGGGUGACCGUCGCAGAGAGAGUUUGCUGGUGAUGCUUCAGGCUAUGCCCAGAAAGAGGCGUGUCUGUGGCCUGUCAUGUGACCCGUCAUGUGAUGACGACGCCUCCAUCAGUGGUUCAGAAGACCAGCAGUCCGUUCACUCCUCAUGCAGGAGAUCAUCCUUCCAAGAUGUGACUCGCAAGGUCUGUGAACAUCAGUCAAGAUGCUCAUGCAUUAAAGGCAAGACACUACAGGGUUUCCAGUGGCGUGUGUCUCGUGUGGUGGAGCCUCAGAAGGGUGUGUGUAAAGAGAAAGGUUUCUCCAUCGCUGCGGCUCUUCCUCGGCCCUGUUACGCGUCUCUGAUGAGACAGAUGUCCAACACCAGUGUGAGAUCAGAGGAGAGACUGGCCUUCAGUCAGACACAACACACACCGACACACAUCGCUCAGCAGCUCACAUUACUGGAGCAGGAAAUAUUCCAGGACUGUCAUCCAGUUCACUUUCUGAACUCAAGAGCUCAUGGAGUGGCAGAAAACGCACACAUUUCCAGGUGUGUGUCUCUAGAGGACAACAGUCUGUUCCUGAGGGACGUGUCGGGGCCCGAGGAGCCGCUUCACACACUCAUCACACACACACACCGUGUCAGCAACUGGGUUUCUGCUGAACUGGUCAUCUGUGACUCGGUCAAGGCACAGGCAGCUUUACUCGCUCGGUUUCUUGCUGUUGGGAAGUUCUGCUACGAGACGAGAAACUUUGCCACCGCCAUGCAGAUUCUGUCGGGUCUGGAGAAUGUGAUUGUUAGGCAAUUACCGGCGUGGAAGCAGCUCUCGGGGAAAGUGUGUGAGGUUCUGGAGGAGCUCAGGGCUGUGCAGGUGUUUCUGAAGAGUGAUAAUCUGUGUCUGAUGGAGGGAUUGAAGCGUGGAGGGCGUCCGACUCUCCCAGACGCUCAGAUCUUCGCUCUGCACAUUCAGCAACUGGAGAUUGGCGCGUUCACCAUGACCAGCGGAUCCUACAAGUGGCCCAAACUGAGGAACAUCGCGCGUGUGGUCAGUCAGAUCCAUGCGUUUCAGGAGCAUCUCUAUUCCUACGCUCCUGACCUCGAGCUCCAGGCGUUCCUGCGCGAGCGAAUCGCUCGAUUCAGCGAGUGUGACGUUCCUCUACUCGCCUCACACAACGAUGCCAACUUCACCCAGAUGGCCAGCGACCGAUACACACACCGGAUCCAGGACACACUGCGUAGGGUCAAAGCCUCGUUUCAGUGAGAGAACGCGGUCCUGAACACACACACACACACACAGAUGUGGACGCUAUGAGGAGCCGAAUCACGUCCUAAACUCUGAUCAGUUGCAGUUUCUCAGCUCAGGUGUUGAUGAGUGGGAGAUAUAAUAGUCUUGUGUUAAGUGUUGGUAACACUUUAUAAUAAGGUUCAUUAGUUAAUGCAUUGAACUAACCAUGAGCAGUAGAUUUGUUACAUUGUU